UUCACUCAGGCCACUAUUGGUUUCUCUGGGCAUGGGUAAAACAGCAUGUGGUACUAGAAGCUCUUGGGGAUUGUGGAUGGGAGGGUUUGGAACAGUGGUGCACGUGAUGAGGAAACUUCACACCACUUUCUCACGUGCCAAGGGGGUGAAGCAAGGCCAUUUUGUGGUGAUUGCAACCCAAGGAUGGAAGCCUGAGCGAUUCUUUGUUGAGUUGGGGUUUUUGGAUCACCCUGACUUUGUCAAGUUGUUGAACCAAGCUGAAGAAGAGUUCGGCUUCUCUCAGGUUGGAGCACUUGCAAUCCCUUGCCAACCAGAUGACCUCAAGAGAAUCAUUAAUGGAGGCAGCAGCAAAAAUAAUAGAAACAACAACAAGGCCGUUACACAUGCUGAGUUAAAGGGUAGGCACAAGAAAGCCAGAUUAUGCACCAUCUUGUUCUCUUAUCACCGUUGCAUCGUUGGGGAUGGUCGCUUUUUUUUUCUUCUUCCACAAAGCAAAAAUGUAAUGACGAUGGAGUAGAAGGAUACCCCCUGUUCAAUUACACGAAUAUUUGAUGAGUUCAUAACUUCAUAUAUACGAUUCAAGGACAUUAAUAUCCGAUAAAUUAAGAAGAUGACUUCUUAAUUAGCAUACUUAAUGACAUGAUGUGCAAA